GGUUUAACCAAAAGCAAAAGGUUUGUAUCAAAAAUCUUCCUUGUGGAGCGCUGCAGUUCUGACUCUUGACCUUUGUGUUCAUUUAUUGUAGGUGUGUAUUUGCCUUUGUUAUGGGAACAGAGUUUUUGUUGGAAAAGUCCUAUUGCUCUGGGCUACACGAGGGGCCAUUUCUCUGCUCUGGUUGCCAUGGAGAACGAUGGUUAUGGCAAUCGAGGUGCUGGUGCUAACUUGAACACUGACGAUGAUGUGACCGUGACUUUUCUACCGUUGGUGGACAGCGAGAGGAAAUUAUUGCACAUUCACUUCCUUUCUGCUCAAGAGAUAGGUAACGAGGAGCAGCAAGAGAAGCUGCUUCGGGAGUGGCUGGACUGCUGCGUGACCGAAGGAGGGGUUCUGGUUGCCAUGCAGAAAAGCUCUCGCAGGCGCAAUCAUCCGCUGGUCACCCAGAUGGUCGAGAAGUGGCUCGAUCGCUACCGACAGAUCCGCCCUUGUACAUCCCUUUCUGAUGGCGAGGAAGACGAGGAUGAUGAUGAUGAAUGAGAAUUGCAAGUUAACCAGCACGGAGCGUGCGUGAGCCGGAGUUAGCGUUGUGCUCUAGCAGUUUGUUGUGGAACGACUCAAUCCUAGGGGAAAAGUGCUGUAAAGGAUUUUUCUAACCAGCAUGGAAAGGAGUCUACAAGCUCAUCUGCUGCAUGAAGAGAGUGAAAUGGGCUGGACUUACAAGUUUGUAUAAAAAAACAAAGAAACAAAAAAACAGCUAAUUUUAUUAUCAAGACAGGAAAAAAAAAAAAAAAUCCCCAUUUUUCUUUCUGAUUGUAAAUCUGUCUAUAAAUGUACCGCAUGUGGUUGUGUAACAGGUUGUGUAAUAGGAAAAGUAUACCAGCAUCUUAAUUAUUGCAAAGAAAUUGUUCAAAUAAGGGCACUUACGAAAGCACAUGUUAGGUGGAUAUCUCU